AUGUCCAUCAAAUAAGAUGGCGCCGUCCAUGACAAAAUUGUGUUGAUCGUGAAGUAUAUUAAAUCAACCGUUCUAGACGUUAGGAUUCGUAUCAAGACAUAACACUGACCUGCUUGCAGCCAGCAGUAAGGAUUCUGCACUGGAUUUUGGAACAGUAGACUCAAAGCUACACAUUAACUUUAAACUUGAGACGAACUAAUAAUCAAGCAAGAUGACAACAGCUGCCAGACCGACCUUUGCCCCCGCUCGGGGGGGUCGAGGAAAGGGUGAAGGGGGUGACCUGAGUGCUAUGUCAAAGCAGUAUUCUAGUCGAGAUCUACCUGCACACACUAAACUGAAAUACAGGCAAAGUGGACAAGAAACAUCAGAUGACGUCAGCCGUCGUGACUUCCGUAAAGAACUGGAAGAGAGAGAACGAGCUGUAGCCAGGGAGAAGAGGGGUGAUCGUGGGAAUAGAGAUUCUUCAAGUAGUGUGAGUAGUGGCAGUGCUAAGAGACCACGCAUUGAACAAAUCCCUGCAGCAAACCUGGAUGCUGAUGAUCCAAUCGAUAAAGAUGAUGAUGAAGAUAGCGACUCCUCCGACAGCGAUGACGACACGGCCGAUCUGCUUGCUGAGCUUAACAAGAUCAAGAAAGAGAGAUCCCUAGAGCAGGCUAGAAAGGACCAAGAGAAGAAACUUGAAGAGGAGAAAAUCAGAACGGAGAAUAUUCUAAGCGGCAAUCCACUGAUGUCAAACUCAAACAAAAGCGACUUUAAAGUCACUAAAAGAUGGGAUGAUGAUGUCGUCUUCAAGAACUGUGCGAGAGGAGAGGAUGACAAGAAGGAGAAACAAUUCAUCAAUGACACGCUCCGGUCGGAAUUCCACAAGAGAUUUAUGGACAAAUAUAUCCACUGAUGUCAGGGUCAACGCACUUUGUAAAAACUUAAACAAACUUUCUACUCACCAUGAAAACUAUUAUGAAUUGAAGUGGUUUAUUUUAUAUCAAAAAUAACCUCUUAAAAUAAAGCAUUAAUAGUUUUUGUUGUUAAACAUUUGUGUGGGAUUCUUUAAACCAAAGCAUAGAGUCAAGUUCUUUUUGACUGACUUAAAUUAUCAUCAUCUUUAAUCUCGUUUUCAAUAAAGAAACCGGGAAACAGGGAUGAGAAAUUUCUCUCAAGUAAAGGCCCGGUCACACAGGCCUCGAUAACGAUAACGAAAACGAGAAUGUUA